AAUAAGCGUAUUUUCUAUUUCUUCUUCCUCAUAUCGCUGUAUUUGUAUCGAAUCAUUAGACGUUAUGUUUUGGAUUAGGAUGAGAGUUAGGAAUACAAUAUACUUAAGUUUAUGCUGGUUCUUCUGUAUCCAAUGCAAAUAUUAUGUGGACGGUAUGUGUGAUUGCUGUUGCAAAGGGGAUAAAAUCAAUAAACCUACUUGUGAUGAUUGCCAAUCCCCUUGCCAACAAGGAGAAUGCAGGAGUAAUAACGAUAGUGAGGAAAAUGUUGUUGUCGCUGUGGUAGUGUCGUGUUGUGUAGUCAUCGUGAUUAUAGCAAUUCUCAUCACAGUUUGUUACUGGAUUCACAAAAAAAACAAAGGAAAGGGAAGAUCGAAUUCAAAAUCAUCUACAGUGAGGUAUUCUGCCGAAAACGAGAAAGUUGACAUUGAAGGUGAAACGAGUGUCGCGACCCAGCCGCUGCCAGCCAUACCUGUACAGAAUCACUACAUUCCAUCCACUUUACAACAGAAUACCUACGAACAAAUUGAUCCUGAAUACAUAGGCCUCCAACAAGACAAGAAUGACGCUUCAUACUCGAUCCUCCAACUAAACAAUGAUGCGAUACCAAAUGGCAACUCCUCAGCAAUUACAGACAUGAGUGAAACUACCAAUCUGAAAUUAGGUGAAGAUAAAAGCGAGACGAUGUUAAACUCAAAUGUCUCGAUCGAUAAACCUAUACCUGCGUAUUAUACUUUGCAAAGAGAUGAGAAUAGUGACGUCACUGAAACGUCACACACAAUUGAGACCAACGGUGGUGGGGAAGCCGAUGAUUAUGCGAUGUUGAGACAAAGUGAUAUUGAAGAAGAAUCAUACAGUAAAUUAAAUCACAACACGCGCAAAACUGUUCCGAAUGACGUAACUGACGACUACAACAAGCUGAUCCCCACCCCUGCGUUCGAUGAAGAGUCUGAAGAAUAUUCCCAUUUUAACAGGACAUCUUUAAACGUGGAUGAAAGCGUCAAGGAUCCCGGCUACGGUAAACUAAACCUUUCUAAAGACGAACCAGCUGAAAGUACAGCUAAAUCGAAUGAUGGUUAUGAAGAAACUUUACCAGGCGACGUUAAACCUAAAUAUGUAACUCCUGGAGGUUCAGAACAAUUAAAAGACAACAACCGGGUGGAAAAAACUAACAAACGGGUUGAAAAAGCCAACAUGAAUAAUGGAUACGAAGAAGCAAUUAUUAAGAACUCAGAUCAACGAGAAGGUAAAUCUAAUGCAGAAAGAGAAAAUCUGAAUAAUGGAUACGAAGAUUGUUAGAGGUUCAAUUUAGCCAGAAGGCAAUAACAAAUUCGGGAAGAGCCAAUGGCGAAAA